AUGGCAUACAAACCACUCACUGUGAAAUGCAGUGUCAAAUAUCCAGGACAACCACUUCACAAAUAUCACCAGAAUGGAGACUUCACCCUUGGAGGAAUUGCAUCUCAUGGACUUUUCCUGUCAUAUGCUAAAGAUUUCAGAAAAAACCCUCUACCAUCCUUGCCAGAAGAGCUUAUAAUACUUCCUAUGAAUUAUCAGCAUAUCCUGGCCUUGGCCUUUGCAGUAAAGGAGAUCAAUAAAAAUCCUCAGAUAUUACCAAAUAUAACAUUGGGAUUCCAUAUUUAUGACAAUUACUACAAUGCAAAAAUGACAUUUCAUUCCACAAUGCUACUUACAUAUACACUAGAAAGAUUUUUUCCAAAUUAUGACUGUAAUAUGCAGAAGAAACUCCUUGCAGUGAUUGGUGGACUAGAUUCUCUUACUUCUCUUGAUAUGGCAAUAGUCCUGGAAAUCUACAAGAUUCCUCAGCUCACCUAUAGUCCCACUCCAGUGAUGAAGGAUAAAUUUCCUGGUCUUCCCUUCUACCAGAUGGUUCCUAAGGAAGACCUUCAAUAUGAGGGGAUUCUUUUUUUGCUCCUGUACUUCAGAUGGAUAUGGAUUGGGAUGGUGGUUAUGGAUACUGAGAAUGGAGAAAGAUUUGUUCAAACAGUGACACCCAUGUUUUCUCAGAAAGAUGAAGAAACAGAAAGUAAGCAGAAGAAACCUCUAGGCAAAGUAUGGAUCACCACUGCCCAAAUGGAGCUGAAUUCCUUUGGAUUUCAAAGAGAUUGGGAUUUAGAUGUUUUCCAUGGAGCUAUAGCCUUCACCUUUCAUUCCAAUCACGUACCUGACUUUCAUGAGUUUAUGGAGAGUCAAACACCAUCUGGUGCAACAGGAGAUGGUUUUAUCAAAACCUUUUGGGAGAAAACUUUUGGUUGUAUAUUUCCAGGUACAGGUGUAAAUGAAAUAAAUGUGAAACAUUGCACAGGGGCAGAGAAAUUGAAGAGCCUCUCUCCCCCCAAUUUUGAAAUGGAUAUGACUGGUCACAGCUACAGCAUCUACAAUGCUGUUUAUGCCAUAGCCCAUGCUUUCCAGGAUAUGAUUACAUCUGGAUUCAAAUAUAGAGCAAUGGUGGAUAGUGGACUGCAGCUUCACAAACAAUCAUUUUGGCAGCUCCAUCACUUUUUGAGACAGGUCACAUUUAAUAACAGUGUUGGGUACAAGAUAUCCUUUGACCAAGAAGUAAAGUUAAUAGCUGGAUUUGAUAUCAUCAAUUUUAUUCUUUCUAAAAAGAUGACAAAAGUGAAAAUUGGAAGGAUAGACCCUCUGUCUCCUACAGAUCAAUCAUUUUUCAUUGAGGAAGAUGCCAUAACAUGGAACAGCUGGUUUAAUCAGACACGUCCUGUUUCCAUAUGUUCACCAAGCUGUUAUCCAGGGUCCAGGAAGCAAGUCAUGGAUGGGGAGCCAUUUUGCUGUUAUUCUUGCAUGUCAUGUCCGGAAGGAAAGAUUUCAGAAAAGGAGGAUCUGAAUCACUGCUAUAGUUGUACAGAAGAAAAAUAUCCCAACGAAAACCAGGAUUCAUGUAUUCCCAAGGACAUAAGUUUCUUGUCUUAUAAAGAACCUUUGGGAAUCACUUUAGUCUGUUUUAUUCUUUUCUGUUCCACAAUCACAGUUCUCAUACUAAGGAUAUUUCUGAUGCAUCACAACACUCCCAUUGUCAAGGCCAGCAACCGGGAUCUUACCUACAUGCUUCUGGUCACCCUCUUGCUUUGCUUCCUUUGUGCAUUAUUGUUCAUUGGUCAGCCAAAUAAGGUGGCAUGUGUCCUCCGUCAUACUGGCUUCAACAUCAUCUUCUCUGUGACUAUUUCCUGUGUGCUGGCCAAGACUGUGACUGUGGUCCUUGCUUUCAUAGCAACCAAGCCAGGAAGUGGGAUAAAGAAGUGGGUGGGGAAAAAACUGGGCUACACUUUUGUUUUAUCUGGCUUCUUAAUUCAGGUUGGGAUUUGCAUUAUAUGGUUGUCCAUCUCUCCUCCUAUUCCCAAUACUGAUCUGCACUCAGAGACUGGAAAAAUUGUCCUACAAUGUAAAGAAGGUUCCAUGGUUAUGUUUUACUGUGCAAAGUGUUAUAUGGGCUUCUUGGCCAUGAUUAGCUUUAUAGUGGCUUUCUUUGCCAGAAAAUUACCAGAUACUUUUAAUGAGGCCAAGUUCAUCACUUUCAGCAUGUUGGUCUUCUGCAGUGUUUGGCUCUCCUUUGUUCCAACCUACCUGAGCACCAAGGGGAAAUACACAGUGGCUGUGGAAAUCUUCUCAAUGUUAGCAUCAAGUGCUGGGCUGCUGAUCUGCAUCUUUUUCCCCAAAUGCUACAUUAUUGUUCUGAGACCAGCUCUGAACAACAGGCAGCUAAGAAGACAGAGGAAGUAG